GUCUUUGAUUUGCCAAUCCAUCCAAGAUGGCGGCGCUUGUGCGACUGCGUGCUUGUUUCUCAGCCCUUCAGCUGUCUUCGCCAAGCCUCCUGCACAGCUCCUUUAAAGUGUGUGCUGUGCCUCUGAGUAGGCGGACCUUUGCUGCAGAGGCUAAGAAGACCUACACCAGAGACAAGCCCCAUGUGAACAUUGGAACAAUUGGCCAUGUUGAUCAUGGAAAGACAACCCUGACUGCAGCUAUCACGAAAGUGCUCGCUGAUGCUGGUGGUGCUAAUUAUAAAAAGUAUGAGGAAAUUGACAAUGCCCCCGAGGAGAAGGCCAGAGGAAUCACCAUCCAGGCGUCUCAUGUGGAAUACACCACAGCCAACAGACAUUACGCUCACACAGACUGCCCUGGUCAUGCUGAUUAUGUCAAGAACAUGAUCACAGGCACAGCUCAAAUGGAUGGCUGCAUCCUGGUGGUUGCAGGCACAGAUGGCCAGAUGCCUCAGACACGAGAGCACCUCUUGUUGGCCAAGCAGAUCGGUGUUGAGCAUGUGGUGGUUUUCAUCAACAAGGCCGAUGCCGUGGAAGACAAGGAGAUGCUGGAGCUGGUGGAGAUUGAGAUCCGCGAGUUGCUCACUGAGUUUGGCUACGAUGGCGAGAACACACCUGUUGUGAUUGGCUCAGCCCUCUGUGCCCUGGAGAACAGAGAGCCUGAGCUUGGCGUGAAAGCAGUGAUGAAUCUCUUGGACGUUGUGGAUACUUUUGUUCCUGUCCCAGAAAGACAUCUUGAAAAACCUUUUCUUCUGCCCGUUGAAGGGGUUUGUUCAAUCCCAGGCAGGGGCACAGUGGUGACCGGCACUUUGGAGAGAGGUGUCAUCAAGAAAGGAGACGAGUGUGAGUUUGUGGGCUUCAGUCGCAGCUUCAAGUCAGUGGUUGUAGGUGUUGAGAUGUUCCACAAGUCGUUGGAUCGCGCAGAGGCAGGAGAUAACGUGGGUGCUCUGGUCCGAGGACUGAAGAGAGAGGAUCUCAGGAGAGGGAUGGUGAUGUGCAAACCAGGAUCCAUCAAAGCUUACCAGAAAGUCAAGGCCCAGGUGUAUGUUCUGAGCAAGGAGGAGGGAGGCAGACACAAACCGUUUGUCAGUGGCUACAUGCCAGUCAUGUUCUCUCUUACCUGGGACAUGGCCUGCAGAACCGUUAUGCCCAAAAACAAGGAAAUGGUGAUGCCAGGGGAGGACACUUCCUUGGAAAUCGUGCUCCGCCAGCCAAUGGUUCUGGAGAAAGGCCAGAGGUUCACUCUGAGAGACGGAAACAGAACCAUCGGCACCGGCCUGGUUACAGAAACCAUGCAGUUUACAGAAGAUGACAAGUUCAACUGGGGCUGAAGGGAAACCCUGCAAAGAGGACUUGGCUGUGGGGAGGAUGCGCUGGGGGAGUCAGGGAGGAUGUGUGGUUGUCUGUGUCUGGUCAGAUGAAAUGAAUAUAGAAAAAUACAAAUACAGUUCAUAAACCCAUGCACAAACUUCUAACAGGAAAGGACUCAGAGCAAUACAUGGCUCUAUUGUGCAGGUCCAUCCAACCAAAAUAUCUAAUGUUUAGCACUGUCAGUAUGUUUGAAGGCCAGACGGUCAAAACUGUCAUUGAUGUAAUAAAAUGUAUUUAAUAAUAA